GCAGAGGCCGCGGUCAUGGCCGGCUCGAUGGAGUCGUUGCUCCGGCAGCGCCGCUGCCUCUACAAGAGUUCCCGAGCCCCGCCAUGGAAGGAGACCUACCGGCAGCGCUGCGUGGAGAGGUUAAAGAACAGCAGGGCCAGGCUGUUAGACCGAUACCGCCACGUGGGAGAGAAUGCUGCCGCGGGUGGUGGAACGAGGAACUCCCUUCUGGUACAGGAGGUGAUGGAGGUUGAGUGGCAGGCCUUGCAAUCAGCGGACACACAGCUGCCGUCUCUCCGGAUGAAAGACACUUCCCUCCACGUUCUGGAAGACUCUGAUGAACUAGCAGUGUUGGAGGAAAUCCAGAAAGAGCUGAUUUUGCAAGAACAGCUGGCUAUAGAGGAAUACGAACAAAGCCUACGGUUUGACGAGGAGUGCCUCAACGCGAUGCUCGAGGGCUUAGAUGCUGAACGCAAAGUGAUCUGUCCAAUUUGCCGAAGGAAUAACCUUGCCAUUAUGAGUCACGUGGUCACCUGUACCUGCGGACUGUGCAUCGGCAUACAGGGGAUGACCGAAGAGACGCUUCAGUCGCUGCUGGGAGAUGGGGUAACAGCGCACGGCCAGCACUGUCAGCACAGUCCUGAAUUUUCUGUAACUAGCGGGAUGGAUGGAGAAGCCAACCUUCUCAUGAGUUGUCAGGUUUGUGAUUUCUUGGCAGUCAUUCUGUAACCCACGCUUCGCUGCACUAUCUUCUGGGAAAGAUGCUGC